AUGCAAAGGCGGUCGGUGACGCCAUUAGACGAGCGCCAGCAGCGCGGCGAGCGGGGAGCGCCGUGGUCCCCGCCGCCUCUCAACCCGCCGCUUCCCACCCUGCCGCCUCCGCCUCCGCCGCCUCCGCCUCCGCCUCCGUGGGGCCCUCCGUGUCUGCCCAGCUCGGCCCGCGGCUCCCGGAGGAGCAGCGGAGCGCGGGGCCCGGCGCGGGCGCGGGGUGCGGCCAUGGCAGACGGUGCGGGAGCAGGCGCGGCGGGCCAGGCCUCGGGACCGGCGGGGGGCUCCACUGGGGCGGGCGGCCCGGUCAAUCCUGCUUCGCUGCCUCCGGGAGACCCGCAGCUCAUCGCUCUCAUAGUGGAGCAGCUCAAGAGCCGCGGUCUGUUUGACAGCUUCCGCCGGGACUGCCUGGCCGACGUGGACACUAAGCCAGCUUACCAGAACCUGAGGCAGAAGGUGGAUAAUUUUGUGUCAACACAGCUGGACAAACAGGAAUGGAAUCCUGCAAUGAACAAGAACCAGUUGCGAAAUGGGCUGAGGCAGAGCGUGGUUCAGUCAGGCAUGUUGGAAGCAGGCGUGGACAGGAUCAUUUCUCAAGUGGUAGACCCUAAACUAAACCACAUCUUCAGGCCACAGAUAGAGCGAGCAAUCCAUGAGUUCCUGGCUGCCCAGAAAAAAGAAGCUGUGCCAGCUCCCCCUCCAGAACCUGAAAGCCAGGAUCCUCCAGUGCCAUCCCAAGAUGCUUCCUAAGAUUUGAAUAUGCCCGAUACCUUUGGAAAGCUCUAUUUAAUGAAGAAAUGGAUUCCUGUUUCAUCCAAAUAUAACUUUAGUCGACUAUGUCAUUACUGAUGUCAGGAUUUUGGACUUGACUGUGGUGGUGUCCACAUUGGAUGGAGAGCAAGAUUGCUGAUGUGGGACAGUUACCCGUACUUGCUCGUGGAUUGUGUCACCUUUGAGCAGCCUGUCGAAGGGUAUGACCCCAGUAGACACUACAGAGGUUUAAGCACUACAGUGACAUGGGCUGUCCUGAACGAACCUUUAUACUUGAACAGAGACACUGCAUGGGGAUGUUAGCGCUUGCGCUCUGUGGUAUGCAGAAGCCAGGCUGGAGGCUAGCUGGUCAGGACAGCAAGAGUCAGUGGGACCAGCUGUUGGACAGUGGGUUUUGAUACUGUUGCUAGGUUACAGACUGGAACGUGUGGCAGUUAGCAUCAUAGCCUUAAGGUUGUGGUGACCUUCCUAGUGGUUUUCUUUCCUUGUCAGAGGUAGUGUUGCAGCCCUGGAGUAAGUAAGGAAGCUGAGACUUGGGGUAUACAGAAAGCCCCACAGCUUCUGUCCUGGCGUCUCCCUGUCACAGGGGUGAGUCACUCUGGGUGAGGUGCUCAGUUCUCAUGUUUGUGUUUUUAGAAAAAAACCUGCUAAUAACUAGUGGAUGUUUUACAAUAAAGUCGUUUGAUGAUCUUUCCCUAAA